CUCUUCUGACAACGUUAUCGUCGAUGUAUCUUCGAUAAGUUGCACAAGGAUAAAUUUUUAGACGUCUAAAUUGAUCUCGUGCAGCAUUUCUGAAGAAAAUAGACUUUGGAAGCGAAGAGUGUUGACUCAACAAUCAACAGGACAACUUCAGAAUGGAGUGGACAGCAGAAAAAGAAGAAAGAGUACAUAAAGUAGUAGGUGGGUUCAGUGAAGCAAUCAUUUGUGUUGCGUCAUUUGAAUUCACAUACGAACAGUGGGCAAAUGUAGAAGGAGACAUAAGAGCAGCUGAGGAUAGAGAAUCUACCCUGAUAAAGGAGUUAGACAAAUUAAAAGAACAUGGAACAACCGAUUUAGAAAGUGAAGAGUAUGGGCUGAAAGUUCAAGACGAGACUGGUAAUAUAUCUGACGAAUUGAAAGACUUGGACGAGGCAUUAGACGUGGCAGAACAGCAGAUGGCAUCUUUAAGACCAGAACGUCAAGGUGCACCUAUGAGUGCAGCAGAGCAACAAGAGGCAUUAAUUAGAGCAGAACAUCAAAAGGAAUCUUUGAGCGCACCAGAACAGCUAGAGGCAUCUGCGAGUGCAGCAGAACAAGAGGAAUCUAUGAGUGUAGAAGAACAAAAAGAGGCAUACAUAAAAUUAGCAGAGGCUUUAGGACCAACAGAAAAAUUGCUAAAGAAUGCCGGAUAUCUUUUCCAGGAUAUUGUCCAGAAUUCUGAACAGAAUGGAGCUCUUAACAAACAAACAAAAAAGGACAAAAAGAGGAUAAAAAGAAAUAUUAAAAAAGACGAGAAAUUAAGAGAAAAAAUUGCUAAAAAGGAGGAAAAAGUUGUACAAUUGCACUUAAAGUUGGUAGAUCAAAUUAUGAAACGGUACAACAAGGACGUCAAAGUACAACGAAAAAAAGAAGAAAAGAGGAGAAAGAAGAUUGUCAAGAUUGAAAUAAAAGCUCAGAAGAUGUUGGAGAAAGAAAUGAAGAGGAUAAAGAAAGUAGAUGUAACAGAUGAAAAGAAGAAAAAGACCCCCAUUAUGCUUGAAAAGGACAAAAAACAUGAUAUAAAGAAAAGUAAAACAAAGAAAGAGAAUAAUGAGGGUCAGGAGAUGAAAGAGGCACGCAAUAAUGAUGGUGUAAAGGCUAUGAAGAAAAACAAAACAAAGAAAAACAAAGAUGAAAAGAAGAAAGAGUCCCAAACCAUGGAAAACAUUGAUAAUGGCGGAAAGAAAAACUCAAUUUCAGCAAACAUUCAGGCAUUUUUGCAAAUCUUUUCUUGCAACACCGGUCAGGAAAAGGAUGCAGCUGUAGUUUGAUAAAUCAUUUCUUGUAUUAUACCAAAUUUUCUUUAUUUUCAUCACUGUGUUUUGUAUUAUAUUA